GCAGGUCCUUCUAGCUUCGGGCUCCUGAAGAAUUCGCGUGGCAGUUCCGAAGACCGAAACUCCCGGCUUGCGAAUUACGCGUAACUGAAGCUUCGCCGGUUCGAUUGAUUGUGUGUGGUUCCCACUUUUUUUUUGGCAGUGGCUUUAUUUUUUUGGGAGGGCGGAGACUCUGAGCCCAAUCCCGGUACAAGUACAGUAACUACUCCCCCCGGGCGAACGGCGUGUUAUUUCCGCUUCCGUGUGCGUGCAAUUAGUGGGCGGCAUGGCGGCCCCGAGCCGCCGAUACCGCAAAUGCCGCUCCAAGACAAUGUCGCUGGUGGCGGCCCUGCUUUUGGGUCUGACGGUAACCCUGGCAGCCGGAAAUGACGCCAUUUCCGCACCGAAAGCGGGAAAGCAACUGCAGCAGCAGCCAAAGCAGCGCCAUCAACAGCCGGACAUCGAAGAUGAUGGCGGAGCGCGAAGAGACAAGGACUUUGACUUUGCCGCCUAUGUGAAUGAUUUCAAUUUGCAAGAAGAGGCCUCCAUUCCGGAGGACAUAUUUGACCAGCACGACGGCGACAUUGGGGAUGAGGACGCUCAAUAUGCUCCAUCUGCUGCAGCUGCCGCCGCCGCCGAGGAGGAAGAUGCCACCGCCAACGCCGCCGCCUCCGCCAACGAUGAGGAUGAUGACGAUGAUGUGGGGCUGAUGGAGGAGGACGACGACGAGGAUGCAUCCGAGGCUGAUAUCGUACUUGAAUCUCAAAGGCCCACUUCAAGGAAUUUCAGUGUUUACCUGGACGCUAAGAAAUACCAAAAUAACAAAAACCAGAAGCGCUCCAAGGAGAAGAAGAACAAUAUAAGCCACUACAACUACAAAUUGAAAAACAAUAUAGAGAACCGAAGGCCGCCAAAGGAAUCUCCACCUCCUGCAGCAUCUGCAGCUGCCGCAGCUGGAAAAUCGGGUAUGGAAACGCUUGUUCCCGGUGGCGGAAAAUCCAAAUUCACUUCCGGCGACGACGAGGAAGACGACGCGAACUUUGGCAGGCAAAGUUUUGGGUUUGAGUAUAAAAAAUUAAAGAAUAUGCACGAACAGAAAAGUCAACAGGAGGAGCAAAGAACAGACAGGAAGCGGGGCGAUGAUGGUGAUUUACUGGGGGAAUACCCGACGUCACAGCUGUUCGAUGCUAUUGAAAUAUUAAACGAACGAAAAUUUAAUAAACCAACGGCCAAGAAAGAGGAGCAGGAGGUGGAGCAGAAGUCCAGACAGGUGGAUGAGGCCAUUGGUGAUAUCGAGGACAAUUUGGAUAAUGAUGAAGUAUUGCCCAACCAAGAAGACGACGACGACGAGGACAUUAAGUCGCCCAUUGACAAUGAUGAAUUGGCCAAAAAAUACCCAGUAGCCACAUCAACAACCACCAAGGUCCCAGCCACUUUGGCCACAUCAAAAGGCACCACCAGCAGCAGCUCAACAACAACUAGCACAACUUCGACAACGACAACGACAACAACUCCAAGAACUUGGCCAACAAUUGGCCGCAAACUGAAGAGGAAUUUCUUUGGUCUGCCGCAGAACACAGAAACCAGAUACUAUGGCAGCUAUGAUAUCGGUCGGGUUCGGGCAUCGGCGGUCCAGGAAGAGGAUACCAACGAUGAGGAUGGCCAGGAUGAACAGGAUGUGGGCCAGCUGCACUACUAUGACACAAAGUUGGUCGCUUUCGAUCCGGAAAAAUCCGAGGAAAAUUACUUGACAGCCGAGAAGAAACAACAGCAGCAGCAGCAGCGGCAUUCAACGCGUUUUGUGGACGACGACUAUGCCGAGGAGCAGCCGCCGGCGGAGAAGUCCAAGCUGGAAAAUCCCUGGGAGAAAUCCGCUGAAAAGCCAGAGGAGGAGCAGGAGCAACCGGAGGAUGGCAAAUUGGAAUCUGAUUUGGAAUCUGCAUUGCAGCGAUAUCACGAGGCCACCGGGGCCACGCCCACCGCCGCAGCAGCCGCCCCCGCGUCGGCAUUCGAACGCUUCAAGGCGCUGCGAAGGAGUCGCCAGCGGACGGGUCACAAGAGCCACAAGAAGCGGUACAAGGACUAUCUGAAGCGGCAUCCGGAGCGGAUGGUGGUGGUGGUGACCCCGACGCCCCCGAUCUCAACGAGGCAUCUGCAGAAGCUGCAGAAGGAACGCGAACGAUCCACGCACUCGGCACCGAUCUUCGCCUUGGGCCUGCGACCCCAGCGACCCCUGACCCCCACUGGGAAGCCCUUCUACGAGGGUCAGGUCAACUACUACGAUAAUCAGCCGCAGCAGCUGGACGUCGAUCCGAAGCACCACACGGAAAUGGAGCGCCUGAUAGCCCACGACAAUGGCAAUUGGUAUCGCCGCAUCAGUCCGGUUCUAAGGAAUGGCAUUAAGAGUGAUCAGACGGCGAUGAAGGAUCAUCAUCAGCAUCACCAUAAUCAUGGUCAUCAUCAUGGCCACCUGGGCAACCAUCAUCACCACCAUCAUCAUCAUCACAAUCAUCACCAUCAUGGGCAUGCCAAGUCAAUGCGACCCAGUAAUCCGUAUCAGAGGAAGGGUAUUCCUAACCCACCGGUGGCACCACCACCACCGCCACCACCACCCACACCGCCUCUGCCACCACCGAAACCCCAGCUGGGCCAUCAGAUCACCGAGCUGGAGCAUCUGGAGCGCUACUACGCCAAGUGGCCGCAUCUAGCCAGGGUGCAGUUCCAGGUCUACGACGAGCACUACCGCGAAUCGCAUCCCGAACUGUAUGGCGACUACGAGGACGACUACGAGAGUGCCGCGGAACUGGAGGAGGCGGAGCAGGAGCGCGGCGAGGAGGCCAACCUGCCGCCCUAUAUCAAAAAGUAUAAUCGCCGCAACAAGCAGCUGCUCAAUCUGCUCGAGGGCACCCUGCCCACACCCACUUUAAAUCCAGGGAAUCCCCUUGGCAGCACUGAAUCCAUUCGCCUGGAUGAUGAGUAUCUGAAGGAGAAGAGGCGUCGCUACCAUCAGCAUCAGCGCUUCGAGGAUUUGUUUGCCCAGCAAAAGAGUUCGACGACGACGACCACGGUUAAGCCAAAAGAAGUUACCCAGUUGGAGGAACCAACUACUGUGGCCAGCAAUCAAUUGCCCGAGGAGGAUGCCCCGGCUGCUGCGGUUUCUGGCGAGGAAUCCGGUGAUCCGGCACCCGAGACCCUGGACUUUUGGCAGCGCGAAGUGGCCAGUAAGGCGGGAAAUCCUUCCUCCUCCUCCUCGACCACCACGCCCAAGCCGGCGCUAUUUAAGCUACCAUCCUAUCCGGCCAUCGCCGGGAGCUUCCUGGGCACACCGCGCAGUCGCAGCCGGAGCGCCCAGUUUGUGGCCAAUGUGGCUGGUCGAGGUCAAAGUAGUUGGCCCCGUUUGGAGGCGGGGAAUUCCACGGAAAAGCCAGAGGGAGGAGGAGCAGCAGGAGGAGCAGGAGGAUCCCCCGGAGGAGGUCGGGGAGAUCCCUCGCCCCUCAACUCCUUUGUCUACCAUCGCGUCAUCGAUGGCAUCAACGGAGCAGGAGGAGGAGCAAGUGCAUCCAGUGGCAUUCCCGGCAGCAGUAGAGGCAAACAGUCGCGACUGCCAUUCGUGGCCAUCACGGAUCGACGGCUGGAGAAAUCGCUGGCGGAGCGACACAAAGACUUUGAGCAGAAUCACUUUCCGAUGCCUUAAGUGGAAAAGCGGGAAAAGCUGGAAAAACACAGAGAGAGAGAUAGAGAGAGGAGUGGAUGGAAAGGAAAAAUUAACGAUGAGUUGGUAGCAAUGGAAGGAAAGUGGAAAUCACCCUGAAAACCCAAGUCAAAGAGCUUCUUAAAUAUAAAUGACAGAAAAUAAAACAUGUAUUUCAAUAUA